ACAUUGUUUCCCAUUUAUUUAAUGUAUUGUACUGGUGUAUCUGGUCCGCAGCAGGAAUAAAUGGAGGCAGCACAGGAUGCAGUUUAAAGCAGUGUAAACUGCUGUUUUUAUUGAAGCGCUGGAACAGCAGGCUAAUGGACGCUCUGUCAUAAAAUGGUUUAGCUCUGAUAGCCAGCUCCAGGACACACUCUCACACAACUACACAACACGAACCUGAGCUGCACACAGGCAGCUCCUAAACACGGUCAUGGUCCAAUCGCUCAGAUCCUCGGUCCCGCGCAAACAGGUGGCUGGCAGAACUGAACACAAAUCACAGUGCAGCCAACACAGACCCUCUCAUACAGCUGCACUGUGCACGUGACACCCCAGGCACGUCACACAAACAGCGGAGAAGACAGGACAGCACACACACACACACACACACACAUACACACACACAGCAAUACACGAACAGCUGCAUCUGCGGUUCACUUUGAACUGCUAAACAAAGAUGAAAAAAUUAUACACGGUGUUUUAGAGAAUAUAUAAUACUGUUAAAAAACCAUUCUUUUCUUUUACUUUCAUUUUGAUUUGUGUAUUUCUGAGUCGUCCUGCGUACCCCCUAUGACCCUUAGAAGCGGUACGUGUACCCCCGGUUGAAAACUCCUGCGUCAGAAAAUGGAUGGCAUUAGAAAUCAUUAUGCGAGUUUAUAAUUUACAAAAUAAAACAGAACAGCACAGAAAUCUGAUAGCCGUGUGUGGCAGAGCGGUUGCAGUGCUGACGUCACGGACCAGGAAGAAGCAAUACAAAACAAAGGCAAAGAAGAGAACAAAGAGAGACUAACAGCACGCAGGUGACAUCCAGGGAGGGGCUGACGUGAGCUGACUGCAGGAGAGGGGUUUAAAUAUGCAGUGCAGUCUAGUCUACACAGAUUACCUGUCGCUGUCCGUUUGAGCUGCCUAUUUACCCUGAAGAGAAGAAUUGAACGUUCAGAGCGAGUGACUAGAGCACUAGAGCCGUGCUGCACAUCCCACUGACAAGACCUGAAGACUGCCUUAUCUUGGUGAAAGUGAAGGAACAAAGAUGGAAUCUGUUUACAUUAAACAGGAGGAGGUUGUGGAACUGGCACCUAUCUGCAUUAAACAGGAGAUGCCUGAACUGGAGCCUGUCCACAUUAAAGAAGAGACUGAACUAGAGCCUGUCCACAUUAAAGAAGAAGAGACUGAACUGGAGCCUGUCCACAUGAAAGAAGAGACUGAACUGGAGCCUGUCCACAUGAAAGAAGAAGAGACUGAACUGGAGCCUGUCCACAUUAAAGAAGAGACUGAACUGGAGCCUGUCCACAUGAAAGAAGAAGAGACUGAACUGGAGCCUGUCCACAUGAAAGAAGAAGAGACUGAACUGGAGCCUGUCCACAUGAAAGAAGAAGAGACUGAACUGGAGCCUGUCCACAUGAAAGAAGAAGAGACUGAACUGGAACCUGUCCACAUGAAAGAAGAAGAGACUGAACUGGAGCCUGUCCACAUUAAAGAAGAGACUGAACUGGAGCCUGUCCACAUUAAAGAAGAGACUGAACUGGAGCCUGUCCACAUGAAAGAAGAAGAGACUGAACUGGAGCCUGUCCACAUUAAAGAAGAGACUGAACUGGAGCCUGUCCACAUUAAAGAAGAGACUGAACUGGAGCCUGUCCACAUUAAAGAGGAAGAGACUGAACUGGAGCCUGUCCACAUUAAACAAGAGGAGACUGAACUGGAGCCUGUCCACAUUAAAGAAAAGACUGAACUGGAGUCUUUCUGCAUUGAAGAGGAGUCUAUUGACUUGCUGUUUAAGGAUUCAGAAAACAUAUCCCUGCCAAAGAUAUCACAUCAAUGUACUGAAUGUGGGAAGAACUUCAGUCAGUUAAGAAGCCUAAAAAGACACCAGAGAAUUCAUACUGGAGAGAAGCUGCAUCACUGCAGUGACUGUGGGAAGAGCUUCAGUCAGUCAGGACACCUAAAAUCACACCAGCGAACUCACACUGGAGAGAAGCCGCAUCACUGUUCUGACUGUGGGAAGAGCUUCAUUCGGUUAGGAAGCCUAAAACAACACCAGCGAAUUCACACUGGAGAGAAGCCAUAUCGCUGUUCUGAAUGUGGAGAUUGCUUCAGUAUGUCAGGAAGCCUAAAAAGACACCAGCGAAUUCACAGUGGAAAGAAGCCGUAUCAUUGUGUUAAAUGUGGGAAGAGUUUCAGUCUGUCAGGAAACCUAAAAAGACACCAGAGAAUUCACGCUGGAGAGAGGCCGCAUCACUGCUCUGACUGUGGGAAGAGCUUCAGUCAGUUAGGACACCUAAAAUCACACCAGCAAACUCACACUGGAGAGAAGCCACAUCACUGCUUUGACUGUGGGAAGAGCUUCAGGCGGUAAGGAAGCUUAAAAAACACAGGUGAAUUCACACAGGAGAGAAGCUGUAUCACUGCCCUGAUGGUGGGAAGCGUUUCAUUCAGUUAGGAAGCCUAAAACAACACCAGCAAAUUCACACUGGAGAGAAGCCGUAUCACUGCACUAAAUGUGGGAAGAGUUUCAGUCUGUCAGGAAACCUAAAAACACACCAGCAAAUUCACAGUGGAAAGAAGCUGUAUCACUGUACAAAAUGUGGCAAUACAUUUGCUUUCUGUGGUUAAGUGAAAAGACAUAAAUACCAGUUUUGAAAAUGCAGAUGAAGCUGAUAGAAAUCAAUAUUCCAGGCAGUGUUACAAUGGUCCUUGUUUUCGGUCCUUCCAGUCCAGGUCUUUGCUUCAACCAGAUUGUAGAUUAAUGAAUCAACCUUCUUAUAAAUCAUUCAGGACCUAAUUGGAAGCGAGGGCCACUGCUUUAUACCAAUCAAAACUGAGUGUGAUGCUCCAGUGAUAUUUUUUGAAAGGAAUCCUGUCUAUGUGCCAGCCUAAGGGUGUUUAAUCAUGCUUUAGCAUAAAUGUGAGAAUGAGUGUGUGCCAAAGCAGCUGUGCUUGCAUUUUAAUCAGUAGUAUAAGUAGGCUAUGACUACCUGCAACCUUUAUGAAUUGUGUAUGAACCUGAAUAUGGUUAUUAUUAUGGGGGGUAUCAAUUUCAUUAAUAGGGGUAAUGAAUACUACAUGAAUAACAUUAUGAAUAAGGGCCGGCAUGACGACAUGAAUAGGCCACUGCGGUCGCGCAGACAUGGUUAAGGUUUGAAUGAAAGUCCUGUUUACAGUCGGUUUUACAAGCAGCUCAAAAGGGAGGUAACAUCCCACCAAUAUGCAUUUUUAUGUGUGGUCGGAUUGGCAGGCUCAUCAAACCAUGUGAAUGGGGUAGCAUUUGGCUGAAUACUUUUUGAGAUACAGAGUGGCAAAAAGCAGCAUUUUUUUAAUAUACCUGUAUCUCAAAAAGUAUAUCAAAUUAAGGAACCACACUUGGCAUACACAUAGUCCCAGGGGUGUAGAUGUGCAGCGGGGUAUUAAUAUUUUUUGGGGAUCCUAGUUUUACAGAAACUGAACCCCAAAGAUAACGGUCUGACGUCACUGCUGCCUGACUUUGUUGCUAGGCAGGGACUUGCGACUGUUCCAUUGCACAGAAUAGGGAGACAUGGAAUAUAUAGUUCAGCACACACGGGUCACAUCUGCGUUUCUGUCUGGAUUAAAACUGGUAAUCAGUGAUAAUAUUUUUGUAUUUGUUUGUGCCUUCAACACUGUGGAAACUAAUAAUAAUUUGUUAAUUUAUGAAAUACUAUUUUCAUUUUCCCCUCUCUCUUUUGUUGUUCUGGUACGAUCCAGGAGUUCAAUGAUACCGUUCCAUUCCAUAAACAAAUCUAUGCUGCUGUCAGUAUGAAAACUGUUAAGAACUUCU